CGCGUGUCGAACACACGAGAGCGUGAACUAAAAAUCCACUGAGAGCAAUGAAUUAUCAAGAACUCGCGUCCAAACACAUUUAAAACAUCAAUCAUUCAUCAUGGGUGUCGCGUCGGACGGCUUCAGUAGCAGGUGGCGUGCCAAGAUAGCAGCGUGCAGGGAGUCCAGGAAGCUGGUGCUGAUCAUAGUGGCGAUAGCUCUGCUCCUGGACAAUAUGCUGUUGACCACAGUCGUGCCGAUCAUCCCGGAAUUCCUGUACGACAUCCGGCACCCGGACGCUCCGCUGUCGCUCUCCCUGGACGAGGUCACGACCACGCCGCCUCCCCCCACCCCCUACUGCCCGUGCCUGGAGAAGAACGAAACCGUCACCGUCGAGAAUGUAACACACAUCAACAUCACCGCGGAGAAGGAAUUCCGUCAUCAGGAGCUCAUCCACGAGACAGUCGCCGUCGGAGUAAUGUUCGCCAGCAAAGCGAUGGUGCAACUACUCGCCAAUCCAUUUGUGGGACCGCUUACUCACAAAAUCGGCUAUAGCGUCCCUAUGUUCACGGGCUUCGUACUGAUGUUCCUGUCUACACUAAUAUUCGCCUUUGGUCGCUCAUACGGAGUACUCUUCGUAGCUCGCGCGCUGCAAGGUAUAGGAUCCUCGUGUUCAUCCGUGUCAGGAAUGGGUAUGCUCGCCGAAAGAUAUCCUGAUGAUAAGGAACGCGGCAACGCUAUGGGCAUCGCUCUCGGCGGUCUCGCUCUGGGCGUACUCAUCGGCCCUCCGUUCGGCGGAUUGAUGUAUGAGUUCGUGGGAAAGACGGCUCCUUUCCUGAUGCUCUCCGCCUUGGCUCUCGGCGAUGGAUUACUGCAGCUGAUGAUACUUCAGCCGGGCGUCGUGAGGCAAGAGACAGAGCCUCCUUCUCUGAAGCAACUUGUGACCGAUCCAUACAUAUUGAUUGCGGCUGGAGCCAUUACUUUCGCAAAUGUUGGCAUAGCCAUGCUGGAGCCGAGCCUGCCGAUUUGGAUGGCCGACACCAUGGAAGCCAGGAGGUGGCAGCAGGGAGUCGCUUUCCUUCCCGCCAGCAUCUGCUAUCUGAUAGGCACCAAUCUUUUCGGCCCCCUCGGACACAAAAUGGGUCGCUGGCUGGCCGCCUGUUCCGGACUCGUCAUCAUUGGACUCUGCCUCAUCUUUAUCCCGAUGGCUCGCAAGUUGGAGCACCUGAUCAUCCCCAACGCUGGUCUCGGCUUCGCCAUCGGCAUGGUGGACUCGUCCAUGAUGCCGGAACUGGGUUUCCUGGUCGACAUCCGCCACGCAGCCGUCUAUGGAUCAGUUUACGCCAUCGGAGACACGGCCUUCUGCUUGGGAUACGCUGUCGGUCCCGCGUUCUCUGGCGCCCUGGUAAAUAGCAUCGGCUUCGAGUGGAUGCUGGUCAUCAUCGCCAUCCUGAACUUCGCCUACGCCCCGUUCCUGCUGUUGUUGCGCUCGCCCCCAGCCCGUGACGAGAAACAGAGCCUCAUCAUGGGUGAGAAAUCCUCAGUGCGUUACGUGAACUAUCAGAACGAGGAGUAA